AUGGGAGAAAACUGGGAGAACCAUUCAGUAUCUCAAGAGAGUAAAUCCAAGAAGCUGGAGAGUAAAAACCAUUCAGGCGUCCCCAAGAGUGAUCUUUGGACUGAUGGGCUUAUCUGCGCCUUUGAGUUUAUCCGUGGCGCAAAGAAGCAUACUGAUCCAAAGCAUGUUUACUUGAAGCAAGACGAUGGACAAACCAGAGUUACUUCCCCCGUGUUCAGUCAUAACCCUUUCGUUGAUUCCCCUGCACUCGACGUUACAAGGUCAAGGUCGGCGUCUUCUUUGGAAUUUAAAGAUGACCAUCUGCUUCCAACAGUUCAUGUUGAGAGGUAUGAGGGAAGCCGUUGGGUACCUAUUGGUUGGGCUAGAAUAUCUGAGCUGCUUCAGAUGGUGCAAGUAAACGCGGAGUGGCCUAACUUGGAGUUGAUGGAUGAGGAAGAGGAUGUCCCCGUUACGGAUUUAGCUGCUCCGUAUUGGGAACGACCUGGUGGCCCUACAUGGUGGUGCCAUGUGGCUGCUGGGCACUCUUCUGUUGAGGCAUGGCUCAGAAGUGCUACGUGGUUGCAUCCUGCGAUUAGUCUUGCGUUGAGGGAUGAAAGUAAGCUAAUAAGUGAACGUAUGAGACACCUUCUAUACGAGGUUCCAGUGAGGGUUGCUGGAGGUUUACUGUUUGAGCUUUUAGGACAAUCAGUUGGUGAUCCACUAAUCAGUGAGGAUGAUGUUCCUGUUGUGUUUCGAGCUUGGCAAGCUAAAAACUUCUUAGUAACUGUGAUGCACGUAAAAGGAAAUGUAUCGACCACCAAUGUCCUUGGCGUCACUGAAGUAGAGGAGCUGCUUUACGCAGGAGGUUAUAAUGUACCAAGAACAGUUCAUGAAGUCAUAUCACACUUGGCUUGCCGUCUUUCACGAUGGGAUGAUAGGCUAUUCCGUAAAUCCAUAUUCGGUGCUGCUGAUGAAAUCGAGCUGAAGUUUAUGAACAGGAGAAACCAUGAGGAUGUAAAUCUCUUCAGUAUCAUUCUCAACCAAGACAUCAAAAAAUUAUCAAGACAGGUCAUCCGAGUGAAGUGGUCACUACACGCGAGAGAGGAGAUUAUCUUUGAGCUUCUCCAGCAUCUGAGGGGGAACCUAGCUCGACGUUUGUUGGAAGGUUUGAGGAAGAACACAAGGGAAAUGCUAGAGGAACAAGAAGCAGUACGUGGACGUCUCUUCACGAUACAAGAUGUCAUGCAAAGCAGUGUCCGUGCUUGGUUACAGGACAAAAGCCUGAGAGUAAGCCAUAACUUGGCCGUGUUUGGAGGAUGUGGUCUUGUGCUAACCAUAAUAGUGGGACUGUUUGGUAUCAACGUGGAUGGUAUCCCCGGUGCGCAGAACACGCCUUACGCGUUUGGUCUCUUCACUCUACUCAUGGUUGUCAUAGGAGCGGUUCUGAUUGCAGUGGGUCUGAUAUACUUGGGGCUCAAAAAGCCCAUCACAGAAGAACAGGUAGAAAUUAGAAAGCUGGAGCUACAAGACGUGGUCAAGAUAUUUCAACACGAAGCAGAGACUCAUGCGCAAGUCAGGAGAAACAACCUCUCUCCUACUGCUGGAGAUGUGUUUGAUGGUAACUAUAUAGUCCUCCAGUGA